AUGAAGGCUCUCCUUUUCCUCCUCCUAGUUAUCCCAGAAAUCUCUAUCUUUGCACUCUUUGACCCUUCGGACAUGGCAACGUACACCACAAGCCGUUACGGACCCCCGCCUGCAAUCGCAACUGCAACCCGCCGCCCAAUUAAUUAUAGCUACUAUAACCCCUUUGUUAAAUAUCGUCCUAUAGAGUGGCUCGGCGAUACCGGAAAGGAGGACCCUAAGUGCAUGACUGGGUAUUGCGUUCCGAAAUCCAGGUGCAAAUGGGAUUUUUGGAGAGCGCUCCCCGAUGGAUAUCUUUAUUCCGACUUUGAGAGGGCGGGACUGGAAGGGCCAAAUGACGGAGUUCCACGGCCUGAGGAAGAAUCCGAGAACAAGAUCGAGGAGAAGGGCGAGAAGAAGAUCAAGAAGAUCAAGAAGAAGAUCGAGACGAAGAUCGAGGAGAAGGUCGAGGAGAUGAUCGGGGGGAAGAUCGAGGAGAAGGAUAAGGCGAAGAAAGCCGCGGAUGAGAACAAUAUCUCGGAAAAAAUCAACGAAAAAGAAACCGAUCAGGGAGAGAACUCCUAG